CCUUCUUUCUUUUUUCGUUUUUCACACCAAUUCUCUCUCUCAAUCUUCAAGAGUUCCUCUUGUCACCAGUUCCUUUCUAAGAAGAGGCCACACCACCGCUGCCAUCAGGCUGAUUGUCCUCGCCUUGUUGCCGCCUCAUCACUGACACAAUUUGGUUAUAUUGACAGAUCAAACAUGGAAACAAAGCCUGCCUUGAGUGCAGCUGUUGUUGAAGUUCUUAAGCAAGACAAUUAUUUGGAUUGGAGUGUUCGGGUGAAGACAUGUUUGAUGGCUCAAGAUCUUUGGGACAUUGUUGAAUCAAGGAGCGAUUCUCCUACAUCCGAAAAUGAAGCUGCCUUUAAGGUUUGGAGCAAGACGAAUGCCAUGGCUUUACAUGUGAUCCAGAUUUCAUGCGGGCCAGACACAUUUUCUGAUAUUAGGGAGAUUACUUUGGCCAGAAUUGCUUGGGAAACCUUGGCAGGAAAGUACAAACCUAAAGGUCCUGACCCAAGUAGCAGCAUGGCUUCAGUUCCUUUAGAAGAAGACAAUCUUGACUCAAGUACUAAGUCAGGUACGAGCCAGAUUUCAUCUAAUAUUGGGGAGAUUACUUCGGCCAGAAUUGCUUUGGAUACCUUGGCAGACAAGUACAAACCUAAAGGUCUUGACCCAAAUAGCAGUAUGGCUUCAGUUCCUUUGGAAGAAGGCAAGCUUGACUCAAGUAUUAAGCCAGGAGAAAGUGACAAAAAGGGAAACAUUGAUGAUGGCGUUGAGAUUUAUAUGGACUUACACAAAUCUUUGAAAAUUGGUGAUUGGAAUGCUGCCAAGGAGUUCCUUAAUCGCCAUCCGCACGCAAUAAGCGCAAAAAUCACAGUGAGGGACCAGACCGCACUUCAUGUUGCUGCUGAAGCUGGACAUGUGCAUAUAGUGGAGGAGUUGGUAAAGCAAAUGUCUGAAGAAAAUUUGGAAAUAAAAGAUAAUCAUGGUCUCACAGCUCUAACUCAGGCAACUUAUGAUGGAAACUACCGUAUGGCAGAAUGCAUGCUUGGAAAGAAUGAGAACUUGAUCAGUAUUCGAAAUGACGAUGGAGAUAUUCCAGUUGUUACGGCUCUUUGCUAUGGGCAUUUAAAAUUGGCUCGUUAUCUCUAUUUGCUCACUCCGCCAGAAAUUCUAAUGCCAGAAAAUGGCACCGUGGGGGCUACAGUUGUUUGCGAGGCAAUAUAUAACAAAGCUUUGGAUAUUGCUUUGGAUUUAGUCAAGCGUUGUCCACGUUUGGUUGUUGCUAAAGACAUAAAUGGUAAGUCCCCUUUUUAUGCACUGGCAUGUAUGCCUGAUUAUUUCCUAAGUGGAAAUCGGCUCGUAUUUUGGAAACGAUGGAUCUAUUCCGGUAUUCAUAUUCAAUGGGGUGGUCCCAUCAAUGAUAUUCGUUUGAACUUUCAAAAACUUGCAGGAAAUGAAAGCCGAAGCAAUGGUAAAGAAAUUAUUGGAUCAGGUAUCGAGCAUCUAUAUGAAAUGAAGUUGGCCCAUUUUCUAUCCCGUGAACUCCUCAGUCGCAUGAAGGACCAGAUAUUGAUUUCAAAUACUCAACAAAGAACGACUGCUAGGGUUUAUGGAGCCAUCCUCCGUGCAACCAAGGAAGGGAAUUUUGAGUUUGUUUUUGAUAUUGUGAAAGCAGAUCCACAACUUAUGUGGAGCUAUGAUGGAAAAUCAAGAAGCAUUUUUUCGGUUGCAGUCCAAUAUCGUCAUGCCAAAAUCUUUAGCCUUAUCUAUGGUCUUGAUAUGAAAAACGCUUUGGCAAGUGGUAUGGAUUCCUUCUACGGCAAUAACUUAUUACAUAUGGCAGGGAUGUUAGCACCUUCUACUUCACUUAAUGACAUCCCUGGUGCAGCUUUGCAGAUGCAAAGAGAACUACAAUGGUUUAAGGAGGUGGAGAGCAUUGUCCCUCCCAAGGUCCAUGCAAAUUUAAACAAAGAGGAUUUGACUCCCCAAGAAUUAUUUACAAAGAACCACAAGGACAUGAGGAAAGACGGAGAGCAAUGGAUGAAGGGCACAGCAUCUUCUUGUACCGUGGUGGGUGCUCUCAUUGUUACCAUUAUGUUUGCUGCAGUAUUUACCGUUCCAGGUGGUAGUGACCGAACUAAAGGCUUCCCAAUCUUCUUAAAUGAAAAAUUGUUUAUGGUCUUUAUAGUAUCCGAUGUCCUCUCACUCUUUUCUUCCUCAACUUCAGUCUUGAUGUUUCUAGGAAUCCUUACAUCUCGUUAUGCAGAAGAAGAUUUCCUUAAGUCCUUGCCUAAUAAAAUGAUAAUAGGCCUUUCCACCCUUUUCUUCUCUAUUGCAACCAUGAUGACAGCCUUUUCUGCUGCUCUUUUUCUUAUGCUACAUGAACAAUCAUGGAUUUUCAAACCUGCCAUUUGUUUGGCUAGUAUUCCUAUCACCCUCUUUGUAGUGAUGCAAUUCCCUCUUCUUGUUGCCAUGACCAUUUCAACUUAUGGACCUAGCAUCUUCAAUAGGAAAAUGAAGCAUUGGUUUUAACAUAUUCAUUAAUUGUGCUAUAUGAUGUACUGGUGUCCUAUUAAUAAUUGGCAUAUACCAGCCAAAGAUGAAGUUUUUCUUUCUUUUUUCUUUUUUUCUUGGAAGGUAACUAUAGAAUGUUCAGCUCCAAUUGCAUACUUUUUUUAUUUUUGGUCUUGGGCAUAUUAUAAUUACAUUAUAUAAAUCAUGCAUCUAUGUUGCUAUUCUUUAA